CCGAGAUCUACACGUUGGUACCACAUUCGAUUAGGUCUGCUGUGCCUCCAUGAAGUUGCCAAGUUUUUUUUCAACAUGCAGUUGGUAUAAGUAUUAGGUUCUGGUAAUAUUUAUGCAUUGCGUUUAUUUCUCCUGUGCAGGAUUUCGACCUUCGUAUUUUCUAUUUUACUAAAGCAGAUCAUCUCAUAAAAUAAAAUGGAUAAAUUGCCUAUAGAUCUAGAGGACGGUAACCAUGAAGAAUUGAAGCUGUCGCUACAAAAAUUCAUUGCAGUUGUGGUGCACGAGCGCAAAUGCCGAGAUCGGAACUGCCCAUCAGCAAGCUGUCGACGCAUGAAGCAAAUUUUUCUACACUUCAAACAUUGCAAGUUGAUUGUGACAAAUUGUCCACUUUGUAAGGGAGUGUCAACAGCAUUGUACAACCAUGGCGUAUAUUGUGAAGACACAGAAUGUGUUGUGCCUGGAUGUCUGACAGUGCAUCCAAAAAAGAAACAGUAUCAAUUGCAGCAAGGAUUACAACAAGCCCAAUUGUUACUUGGUCAUAUGAGAAUUUCGAGCAGUUCUGCAUUGGGUGUGCCAUCCAGUUCAGGAGCUGGAUCGUCUCCUCUCCCAUAAUCGCGUACGAAAAAGAUUCGCUUAGUUUGUAAUUUUUUAAAGUAAUAUGAAGCUACUUAUUAAUAUACACGCAAACUCAAGCUGUUCUUUGGUGAUUGAUAAU